UUGUUAUUUCUGUUUACGUGAGGGAAAAAAAAUACUUCAUGCACCGAAUUUGGAUUUAUUAAAGUGCACGAUAUUUUAUUUUUUUUCCUUCAUAACCCUUCUUCUCUGCGUGGAGGAAGAGGAGGAGGGUGCGGAGCUUGUUUUGGUUUGGAAGGUGACUCGGGAAAGGCGAAACUAUGUACAUUAAGCAGGUGAUCAUCCAGGGCUUCCGCAGUUACAGAGACCAGACUGUGGUGGACCCUUUCAGCUCCAAGCACAAUGUGAUCGUGGGCAGAAAUGGAUCUGGAAAGAGUAACUUCUUUUACGCGAUCCAGUUUGUGCUGAGUGAUGAAUUCAGUCACCUGCGGCCUGAGCAGCGUCUGGCCCUGCUGCACGAGGGCACCGGUCCUCGAGUCAUCUCUGCUUUUGUGGAAAUUAUAUUCGACAACUCCGACAACAGGCUUCCGAUUGAUAAAGAGGAGGUUUCAUUACGGCGAGUCAUCGGAGCGAAGAAGGACCAGUACUUCCUUGAUAAGAAGAUGGUGACGAAGAAUGAUGUGAUGAAUUUGUUGGAGAGUGCAGGUUUUUCUCGCAGUAACCCGUACUACAUCGUAAAGCAGGGAAAGAUCAACCAGAUGGCCACGGCUCCUGACUCCCAGCGUCUGAAGCUCCUGAGGGAGGUGGCAGGAACCCGAGUGUACGACGAGCGCAAGGAGGAGAGUAUCUCCCUGAUGAAGGAGACAGAGGGAAAGAGGGAGAAGAUCAACGAGCUGCUGAAAUACAUCGAGGAGCGACUGCACACGCUGGAGGAUGAAAAGGAGGAGCUGGCGCAGUACCAGAAAUGGGACAAGAUGAGGAGAGCGCUGGAGUACACCAUCUACAACCAGGAGCUCAAUGAGACUCGGGCCAAGCUCGAUGAGCUGUCCACAAAGAGAGAGACUUGUGGAGACAAAUCAAGGCAGCUACGUGACGCUCAGCAGGAUGCCAGAGACAAAGUGGAGGAGACUGAGCGAGUCGUGCGGGAGCUGAAGGCUCGUAUCUCUGCGAUGAAGGAGGAGAAGGAGCAGCUGAGUGCUGAGCGGCAGGAGCAGAUCAAGCAGAGAACCAAACUGGAGCUCAAAGCCAAAGACCUGCAGGAUGAACUGGCAGGCAACAGCGAACAGAGGAAACGGUUGCUGAAGGAGAGGCAGAAACUGUUGGAGAAGAUUGAAGAGAAACAGAAGGAGCUGCAGGAGACGGAGCCCAAAUUCAAUACAGUGAAGGAGAAAGAGGAGAGAGGCAUUGCCCGGCUGGCCCAGGCCACUCAGGAGCGCACAGACCUGUAUGCCAAACAGGGGCGUGGCAGCCAGUUCACCUCCAAAGAAGAGCGGGAUAAGUGGAUCAAAAAGGAGCUGAAGUCCCUGGACCAGGCCAUUAACGACAAGAAACGGCAGAUCGCUGCCAUCAACAAAGACCUGGAGGACACGGAGGCCAAUAAGGAGAAGAACCUGGAGCAGUAUAAUAAACUGGACCAAGACUUGAAUGAAGUGAAGACCCGUGUUGAGGAGCUGGAUAAGAAAUACUACGAGGUGAAGAACAGGAAGGACGAGCUGCAGAGUGAGAGAAACUACCUGUGGAGAGAGGAGAAUGCGGAGCAGCAGGCCCUGGCAGCUAAGAGAGAAGACCUGGAGAAAAAACAGCAGCUGCUCCGUGCAGCAACAGGAAAGGCCAUUCUGAACGGCAUCGACAGCAUUAAUAAAGUUCUGGAACAUUUCCGCCGGAAAGGCAUCAACCAGCAUGUUAUCAACGGGUACCAUGGCAUCGUCAUGAACAAUUUUGAGUGUGAGCCCGCCUUCUACACCUGCGUGGAGGUGACUGCUGGAACCAGGUUGUUUUACCACAUCGUAGAGACUGACGAGGUGAGCACUAAAAUUCUGAUGGAGUUUAAUAAGAUGAACCUGCCUGGAGAGGUCACUUUCCUGCCCCUCAGCAAGCUGGACGUCCGGGACACCGCCUACCCCGAGACCAAUGAUGCCAUCCCGAUGAUCAGCAAAUUACGCUACAGUCCAAACUUUGAUAAAGCCUUCAAGCACGUGUUUGGGAAGACCCUUAUCUGUCGCAGUAUGGAGGUUUCCACGCAGCUGGCUCGAGCCUUCACGAUGGACUGCAUUACUUUGGAGGGAGACCAGGUGAGUCACCGCGGCGCGCUCACAGGCGGGUACUAUGAUACAAGGAAGUCUCGUCUGGAGCUUCAGAAGGAUAUGCGCAAAGCUGAGGAGGAGCUCUCCGAGCUAGAAGCCAAACUCAAUGAAAACCUGCGCAGGAACAUCGAACGCAUCAAUAACGAGAUCGAUCAGCUGAUGAACCAGAUGCAGCAGAUCGAGACGCAGCAGAGGAAGUUUAAGGCCUCUCGAGACAGCAUCCUCUCCGAGAUGAAGAUGCUUAAGGAGAAAAGGCAGCAGUCUGAGAAAACCUUCAUGCCAAAGCAACGCAGUCUGCAGAGUCUGGAGGCCAGUCUGCAUGCCAUGGAGAGCACACGCGAGUCCCUGAAGGCUGAGCUCGGCACUGACCUGCUCUCUCAGCUCAGCCUGGAGGAUCAGCGUCGCGUUGACGACCUCAACGACGAGAUCCGGCAGCUGCAGCAGGACAACAGGCAGCUGCUGAACGAGAGAAUUAAACUGGAGGGCAUUAUGACCAGGGUGGAGACGUACCUGAAUGAGAACCUGCGCAAACGCCUCGACCAGGUGGAACAGGAGCUGAAUGAGCUGAGAGAGACAGAAGGAGGAACCGUCCUCACAGCCACUACGUCAGAGUUAGAUGGUAUCAACAAACGCAUCAAAGACACAAUGGCCCGAUCUGAGGACCUGGACACACUAAUUGAUAAGACCGAGGUAGAGAUUAAGGACCACAUAAAAAGCAUGGAGCGUUGGAAGAACAUCGAGAAGGAGCAGAACGAGGCCAUCAACCAUGACACCAAGGAGCUGGAGAAGAUGACUAACCGGCAGGGCAUGCUGCUGAAGAAGAAGGAGGAGUGCAUGAAGAAGAUCCGUGAGCUCGGCUCCCUGCCACAGGAGGCGUUUGAGAAGUACCAGACGCUCACGCUUAAACAGCUCUUCCGUAAGCUGGAGCAGUGUAACACGGAGCUGAAGAAGUACAGCCACGUGAAUAAGAAGGCUCUGGACCAGUUUGUGAACUUUUCCGAGCAGAAGGAGAAGCUAAUAAAGAGGCAGGACGAGCUGGACAGAGGCUACAAGUCCAUCAUGGAGCUCAUGAACGUCCUGGAGCUGCGUAAAUAUGAAGCCAUCCAGCUCACCUUCAAACAGGUGUCUAAGAACUUCAGUGAGGUCUUCCAGAAGUUAGUUCCCGGAGGCAAAGCUACUCUGGUGAUGAAGAAAGGAGACACCGAAGGGGGACAGUCUCAGGAUGAGGGGGAGAGCGGAGCUGACAGUGAGAGAGGCUCCGCCUCUCAGAGCAGUGUUCCUAGCGUCGACCAGUUCACAGGAGUCGGAAUCAGAGUGUCCUUCACAGGCAAGCAGGGAGAGAUGAGGGAGAUGCAGCAGCUGUCCGGAGGGCAGAAGUCUCUGGUGGCGCUUGCACUCAUCUUCGCUAUUCAGAAGUGUGACCCCGCCCCCUUCUACCUGUUUGAUGAGAUCGACCAGGCUUUGGAUGCACAGCACAGGAAAGCUGUGUCAGAUAUGAUUGUGGAGUUAGCGGGGCACGCUCAGUUCAUCACCACCACCUUCAGACCCGAGCUGCUGGAGUCAGCUGACAAGUUCUAUGGAGUCAAAUUCAGAAACAAGGUGAGUCACAUCGACGUGAUCUCCGCCGAGCAGGCGAAGGACUUCGUGGAGGACGACACCACUCAUGGCUAACGGUCAAGACUCCGCCUCCUCUUCCUCUCUCUGUUCUCAUAGUUCCGUCAAGCCUGAGUGAAUGGAGUGUCAGGUUUUUUUCUAAUCUGACUCGGGGCCUUUUUUUUGUUUUAAUACACAUCAUAUUGGAUUUUUUUGUUUUGUUUUGUUAAACACUGAAGCAAAAGCAUGGUUGUCUUUUGAAUAUAUUAUAUUCAAAAUGUAUUGUGCUAUUAUUUGUAUUGUGGAUGGACACUUUUUUUUUUUUUUUCUUUUGGACGGUGUAACUUUUAUAACAGAAAGCAACGGACACGUGCUCACGUCUCCACAUCCCCCCCCCCCCCCCCCCCCCAAAAAAAAAAAAAAAAAGCUGUUAAAUGUUAGUCAUGUUGGGUUUAGGUUAUCGUUUUUCAUUCCUUAGGAUAUUUUAGAUCAUUUUCAAUCCAACUUAUUUUACCUAAUCACUUUGUUUUAAUUUGUUCUCAGCUGUUACUCAAAAAUAAAGAUGUUCAGAUGUAUGUAAAGAUGA